GUGUGAGGGAUUUACAAUCCCACCUCUCGCUCCCCAUCCCCUGCAGAGUCGCCCUGAAGGCCAUGUGCAGCGGAAAGCUGCAGACAGCUUUGCUGGUGGCCGGCUACUUUGUCUACCUGCUGGUGGGUGCUGCCGUGUUCCAGGCCCUGGAGAGGACUGCUGAGAAGCAGGAGAAAAUGGCAGCUGCGCAGAUGAAGGAGGCUUUUCUGCAGAACUUCACGCAGCUCACGGUGGCGGAGAUGGAGCAGUUCAUGAAGAACCUGAUUGAAGCCAUUCAGAAUGGAGUAUAUCCUGUUGGAAACGAGUCACAGUUUGAAGAAAGCAACUGGGAUUUUAGCAACUCCUUCUUCUUUGCAGGCACUGUUGUCUCCACAAUAGGCUAUGGCACAUUACAUCCUAAAACUGCUGGGGGACAGAUCUUUUGUGUGUUUUUUGCUCUUUUUGGAAUCCCUCUGAACAUUGUUUUUCUGCACCGUGUUGGUAAGAUGCUCUCACUGCUCUGUAAAAAGCUGGGGAAAUUCCUCUACGAGAAAGGAAUGAGAAAGAAGAACAUCAAAUUUCUGACCCUUUUGUUCUUCCUGGCAACGGGGAUCCUGGUUUUUCUGUGCUUGCCAUCAGUCUUCUUCCAGAUAACAGAGGGCUGGUCCUACAGUGAAGGAAUUUACUUUGCAUUUAUCACCCUCAGCACCAUUGGCUUUGGAGAUUAUGUUGUAGGCAAACAGUCUGACAGGAAAUACUUUUCCUACUAUCGAGUGCUUGUGGCCAUUUGGAUUCUUUUUGGCCUUGCCUGGAUUGCUCUGCUGUUUAAUUUAUUGACAACAGUACUAGAAGAUACUGAAAAAAUAAUUGUCAAGGAUCUCCAGCAAAUUGGAAAGGUGAGUAAGGACAAUGUAGGAAGCCAGCAAAGAAGAUGCUGGCCUGUUCAAUUUAUUCCAGAAGAAGAACCACUACCAUCACAUGCUGGAGGGGAUGCAAUGAAAAUGGAAUCAUUAACAGCAGAUUCUGAACACACAAAAAAUGAAAAAAUGUUUUCUAAUAACAAAGCUAUUGGCAUAACGUGUUGAGAAUUGAAUUCUUCAUUGGAGAAUUGCUAGUUAAUUAGUCUAAAGAAAUUCCCAUAGAAAUAAAAUUUCUCCUACCUUC